CAAAAUUUCAUCUCAAUACUUUAUAUACCCUUUGUUGGCAAUGACAGAGGUCAAACGUGUUCUGUAAGUCUUCACAAGGUUUUCACACACUGUUGCUGGUAUUUUGGCCCAUUCCUCCAUGCAGAUCUCCUCUAGAGCAGUAAUGUUUUGGGGCUGUCGCUGGGCAACACGGACUUUCAACUCCCUCUAAAGAUUUUCGAUGGGGUUAAGAUCUGGAGAUUGGCUAGGCCACUCCAGGACCUUGAAUUGCUUCUUACGAAGCCACUCCUUCGUUGCCCGGGUGGUGUGUUUGGGACCAUUGUCAUGCUGAAAGACCCAGCCACGUUUCAUCUUCAAUGCCCUUGCUGAUGGAAGGAGGUUUUCACUCAAAAUCUCACGAUACAUGGCCCAAUUCAUUCUUUCGUUUACACAGAUCAGUCGUCCUGGUCCCUUUGCAGAAAAACAGCCCCAAAGCAUGAUGUUUCCACCCCCAUGCUUCACAGUAGGUGAAGUAUGGUGUUCUUUGGAUGCAACUCAGCAUUCCUUCUCCUCCAAACACGACAAGUUGAGUUUUUACCAAAAAGUUCUAUUUUGGUUUCAUCUGACCAUAUGACAUUCUCCCAAUCCUCUUCUGGAUCAUCCAAAUGCUCUCUAGCAAACUUCAGACGGGCCUGGACAUGUACUGGCUUAAGCAGGGGGACACGUCUGGCACUGCAGGAUUUGAGUCUCUGGUGGCGCAGUGUGUUACUGAUGGUAGCCUUUGUUACUUUGGUCCCAGCUCUCUGCAGGUCAUUCACUAGGUCCCCCCGUGUGGUUCUGGGAUUUUUGCUCUCAGUUCUUGUGAUCAUUUUGACCCCACGGGGUGAGAUCUUGCGUGGAGCCCCAGAUCGAGGGAGAUUAUCAGUGGUCUUGUAUGUCUUCCAUUUUCUAAUAAUUGCUCCCACAGUUGAUUUCUUCACACCAAGCUGCUUACCUAUUGCAGAUUCAGUCUUCCCAGCCUGGUGCAGGUCUACAAUUUUGUUUCUGGUGUCCUUUGACAGCUCUUUGGUCUUGGCCAUUUUGGAGUUGGACUGUUUGAGGUUGUGGACAGGUGUCUUUUAUACUGAUAACGAGUUCAAACAGAUGCCAUUAAUACAGGUAACGAGUGGAGGACAGAGGAGCCUCUUAAAGAAGUUGUUACAGGUCUGUGAGAGCCAGAAAUCUUGCUUGUUUGUUUGUGAACUGGAGUUUGGAUUUCGUGGAAAUGAAAUGCAGCAUAUUGUGACCACAGUUCCUAAAGUUCUAAUAGCCAAUAAAAGAAAACUUACCCAAAUAUUUCACUUUGUUCACAACACCAUGGAUGUUCCACACUCACUUAUUGCAAAGUUCCCACAGGUCCUUAAUGCCAAAUUCCUUCGCAUCCAGGAGCGACACUUGUUUCUAGAGUAUUUGGGCCAUGCUCAGUACCAACCAUCUCAACCCAACUACGUCUCCUUGGAUCGUUUGGUGUUCUUGCCUGAUGAUGUUUUCUGCUCAGAAGUAGCGUUAGCCACUCUUGAAGACUUUGAAAGAUUUCAGAAAACGUUGUAGAUGUACAGAAUAAAUGGAAUUAUGUUUAAUAGUUGGGUUGUAUGAACAUAGUUUUAUAAAUAAACAUUGCAAAGUUAAAUUGGUUAUAGUACCAGUUGAUCUUUUGUCCUGUGAUGAUAUACUCCAUUUUAAUAGGAGGUUGAAUAUGACCCUUGGUGUACUUGUGUAAGUCAAGUUAUACAGGUAUAGAUCUAAAACCAAAUUUGCCACACACAAAUUUUUCUCACCCAAGUGAAGAUUAUGCGUGUAUUUAAAAAUGCAAAGUGUGAAGAAAAUAAAGAAAACGUCAUUAUCCUAUUUUUGU